AUGAAACCAGCAGAAAAUGCCCCGACAAAACCCAGCAAAGACAUGCAAUGGAUCUACUUCCUGGGAUCGCACAACUAUGCCUGGAUCGAGCAUAAAAAUAUCAAACCUUAUCUGCAACACAAGGAGCAAUUCAGAAAAAAAACUCUCGAGUCUGCUAUGAGCGAAAUGGAUGAAAUUAUUGAGAACCUCUCGGCGGACCCCAAUUACAAAAUCCCUUUUGUGGUGUACAAUGCGCCCACCCCAAAAAAACCAAGGAAAAGUUCUGGAUCGGUUAAGUCCACCCCGUCAUCAGAGAAAAAGAGAAAGGAGCCACUUAAAGAGAAAAACACCCCUGUGCCAAGGAAGAAACAGAGGUCUUCCACGUCUCUAGAGUCAGGCCCUCAGGUUGUACCAAGAAAAAAGGCUCGAGCUUAUUCGCCAUCUUUCGACAAUAGCGGUUCCAUCGAAGAACCAGAGGACGGAGUGGAAGUGUUAUCAGAGAAAUCCCGCAAAACCGGAAAACCCAUCAUCCUCAACACCGUCAACCUGAACACUUCCAAGGAAAUAUUUGGGUUUUUGGCUGACAACAUUUACUCCGAGGGCAUCAUCAAGAACCUAAUCAAAUCAGGCCAUAAACUACACGUCUACUCCCCAUCUUCGGCCUUAUUGGAAUCCCUACAAGAACACGCGGACAAACAAAAGACUUAUUUCAAAGCAUUUAACAAUUACAAGCAAGUGGUCCAGAAUUCGCGUCACAUCUUCAGUUGCAUGCCGAAUCCGGAAAAAGCCCUGGAAAUGGCGGUGAAGAUGUGCCAGAACGGGUUUAAGGAUAAAGGACUUAUCGAGAUGACCAGCGUUGAUCCAACCACGUCGCAGGAUAUCAGCAGUUUGGUCGAAAAGGCGGGGGGGAUGUACGUGGAGGCCAUGGUAAGCAACGAAUACAAAUUGCAAGGGAACAAAACUGAAGCAGAAAACGGAGAAAUGAUCGUCCUAUCAGCCGGGGAUCCCCAAUUGUUCGUGACCAUUCAGUCCUGUUUAAAAUCCAUUGGAAAAGCCUCAUUCCUGUUGGGCACCAUAGGAAUGGCGGCCAAAGUCCACCUGAUCUUCCAAAUGAUGCGCGGAGUGUUUUUGUCCUCGUUGGCCGAAGGAUACGCCAUGGCGGAUAGGUGCAGUAUCAAACUGGACGCUUUUAAUAAUAUUUUCAAUAUGACCCAUAUGUCUAGCGAGUAUCUGAAGAGUAAAUCUCGCUUGAUCGUCCAUAAAAGAGCGUCGGAUCCGACCGAGACCGAGGAACCGGUGGAGCAAUUGCAACGCGACAUGGCCCAAGGACUGGAGAUGUCGAAUCAGUUCCGUCAACCGAUGCCGUUGGCCUCGAACGCGAACGAAAUCUUAAAACAGGCGAGACGCUUGGGACACGACAAACAGGACACCGCGGUCGUUUAUACCAGGACGCGUUACUAUUAACUUUUAUAAACGGUUUCGUCGUUGCCUUUUGAAAAACCUCUUUUUUUUUAUUAAGAUUUAUUGUACGGUUUUAUUUCUUCUCUGUUUUUAAGUAAGAGAUACUCCGUUACGUGUAAGAACGUUUUUUUUUUUGUUUUAUUGACGAAUCAAGUGGUUUAGUUUAUUUCUAGGUGGUUCGUAGAACUUCGAAUUUCAUUGUUAACUAACUGAGUUCUUAUUAUUAAUUAUUAUAAUAGCGAAAAUUUAUCAAUACAUUAAAAAUGACCACCCUGUCUUUAGUGUAAAUAAAGUAGUUUUAAUAAAAA